AUGGAGGAAGACGGCACCAUCGAGUGGAUUAGGGAGGAAGCAUCAGCGAAUGAGAUUCAGGCUAGUGUUGUCGGAUCUGCCUCGGACCGUGACGCUACAGCAGCGCAGGUGCGCAUCUCUCGUUCUUUCUUCACUAUAUCCAGUACUGAUUAUGCUUGUAAAUUUGUUUGGCAACUAGUGCUGCUGGCAAGUCUAUAUCCACCAGACGGUCCUGAAAAUGGCACACAUUCGGUAUUCGCCUUUGUCGAUUGGUUCUACACAUACGCCACUUACCGCAGCAUAUUGUUGCACCUUACUGCAUUUCUAUGGUUGCCGCUGCCAGCUGGCGUCGAAUCUGCUUCUAAUCCUAACUUGCUCGAUGAAACUGACAAAGAGAACAAGAACAGUAGCAACGGAGAGGAGCUGGACAUCUCGGAGUACGAGCGGAAUCUGCGCGAAAAUGCUAAACAAGCGAUGGACCUAGUUGGUGAUCUGUGCGAUCGUUCUGAUCAAAUAACUGAGCAGCAGAAAGGCACUCUCCUCAAGCUGGAAGAGGAGCAGCGGGAACGGCAGAAAGUUGCUGAGGAAAUGAAAAAAGUUGCAGAACAAAAUGAAGAGCUUUCUUCUGUUAAGCAACAGGUUCAGUUUUGGCUUAUUUUUUCCUUAAAACUGGAGCAACGAGUGGCUGAGCUUUCAAGCAGUCAACACGUCGAUGACUCGGAUCAGGGCGGUAAAUCGCAAAGUCACCUAACCGGCGCAGGAUGGCAGCGAGUGGACAGCGUAUCCAUUGGUGAGGAUGAACUGUCACGACCAAACAGCGCGGCGUUUUUGCAAAAUACUGAUAAGAUUGUUGUUGCUGACGAAGAAAACGGCUUAGUGUUAUUCUCAAUGCAGUCCGGACUCAUAACGAAAGUUACUAGCGAGGACUGGAAAUGGCCACAGUCCGUCAUUUGCACUCCGGACAACAAGAUCUUAAUCUCGGCGAUGGCAAAAAGCGAGAACAAUGGAAAAAUUGAAUGGAAACGAAAUCUGUUGAAAUUUGAUGAGAAUCUUGAAUUUUUAUCACGGAUUGAAGGACCCAAAUGGAUUCAGGAUGAGACCGUUGCCAGCGAGCACCUCUGCAUCGCGCCGAACGGUUAUAUCUAUCUGAGCGUUACUGGCGAAACGUUCUCAGCAUUGUACGAACUAGCAACAGACGGUAAAUGGAGUGAAAUUUGCCAUAAACGAGGUAUCAAAAUUUCGAAUGUUCAGGUGCUUGCUGCAGUUGGUCCAAUAACAGAACUGCUGGUUGUGGAGCGAUGUCGAGGCUACAUCUGGUUGCUCAGCAUCCGGGAAUCCAGUGCGUGUGCCAGGAACAUGAUUGCUGCUGUUGAAAAGCCGGGAGCUCUGUGCAUCGACGAGCGGCACCAGAUUUUCAUCCACGACACUCAGCAGUCGAAAAUUCGCCAAGUGGAUUCACGCGUAUUCGAGCCAGUUGCUGAUGUUGCUCUUGCAUCCAAAGACUUAACCUUCAUCUCUUCUUGCAGAGGGUUACUUGCCGCCGUAUACUGCGCUCGAAAGAUUGUCCGCAUCCAUGAGUAUUCAUUGGUGCAGUAA